AUGCGGAAGUCCGCCCAAGGAGGUGGAACUUCGGUUCUACUGACUAGUGAAGAAAAUAUUAUAUUAAAUUCAUUAUUCGGAACUGGAUGCGAUUCGUUAGCUUCUGCUGUGGUACGAUAUUACAAGGGCGAAAAUGAAUCAAAUUGGGUGUUUAAAGCUUGUGGAGUUGCUUGUUGCAUAAAAGACAGAAACUAUAAAGACUACUUCAUCAGAAUGUAUGACAUAAUUAGGAAAAUCCUUAUCUUUGAACAAAGACUUUUUUUGGAAAUGGAUUAUACUGAACAACUUAGACAUUUUCAUGUAUUGCAAUCAGACAGUGGACCAGUCGGAAUUGCUUUUGCAUCUCUUGAGGAAGCUAAAUAUUUUGCAUAUGUGGUAAAUGGUCGUUUAAAGUCUAUACGGUCAGCGUGUGGCGAUAAACAUCCACCUACUCCCCAAAAUUUCGGUUCUCAACCAGUAAUACAAGCUGGUAUCUGUGGUUUAAAUCAGACGAAGUUAUCUGAUCAAACAGUUAUGCUGAAAAGAGGCAAAAGUCAGUCUAAAGGAAAAAAGCAGAAGCUCACUUCCAAAGAUAUCAGUAAUCCAUCAAACUUUCGUCAUGUUGAACAUUUUGGUUAUGAUAAAAUAGCCAAGACGAUUGAUAUAACCCAUCAAGAAAGUGCAAUUAUGCGCAAUUUAUUACGUGCUAUUGGGUGUGAAGAUGCUAUGAAUAAUCCAAGUGAACGAAGAUUUGUCUACAAUUUUGCACUUGAACAUGGAGGAUUAGAAGAAAUACAACGGAAAAUAAAUAGUUCUCAGGGUGGCAGUCGUAAUCUGCCAAGUGCUCCGGCACCUCCUCCAAGACCACCACCUCCCCCGCCGCCUCCUGGAGCUCGACGACCUCAGCCGGCUCCCGUUGCACCCGGCCCACCAUUAACUAUACAUCAUCCACCUCCACCUCCUGUUCCUCAGGUAGCACCGAAACCAGUUGCACCACCACCGCCUACUUUACCGGCUCCUCCGCUCUAUGAGAUACCUGCUCCGCCUCCACCUCCGCCUGCUAUCUCUAACUCUAUACCUGCUCCUCCUCCACCUCCGCCUGCCUUCCCUAACUCUAUACCUGCUCCUCCUCCUCCUCCCCCACCAAUACCAUCAUCAUCUGCGCCUGCUGGAUCUGGAAAAGAUAAUUCAUCGAAUGCAGCUGCCGCGAAACCAGUAGUUGGUUUGACUGUCGAUCUUCAAUCUGAAAUCAUGUCCUUCCAAAAGAGUAAUUUACGCAAAAUUACUCCUGGUGAAGGUGUGAAUAAACCACCAGUAAAACCUGCCAGUGGCAGCGGAGGACAAGGAGGCGGUGGUAGUAGUGGUAUUGGAGGCAGCACUAGUUCUGGAUUCGACCUUCUCCAGUCACUUGCUCAAGCCAUGGAAAUGCGACGUAAUCGGAUGUGCAGUAAUGACAGUGGAGAAGAAUCCGAUGA